AUGUAUCAGCAAUCAUCUGCUGGUGAUGCGGCAACAAAAAUUCAAGGUGCAUUUCGUAAUCAUCAAGCUCGACUGGUAUUAAAAGAUCGAGCAACAUGGAAAAUACAUGAAAAACUUGAAUAUUCAAGCGAACAAACUGAAGGAAAACUUAGAGAUAUGUUUGAAAAAUUACUCAACUCAUCCGAUAUACUUUCACCGUCUGUUACAAAGCUACUUCAAAAACCUGGAUUACCUGUUGAAGAAAAAGAACUUUUAAGAUUAACGAAUCCUGAUGAUAUUCAAGUUGAAGCUAAUUAUCGAGGACCACAUAUCAAAGGUCAAAUUACAAGGAGUACAUUUGUUGAUUUGAUUGAAGCUUUUCAAAAAAAACAAGUUUUGCAUGAAAAAUAUGUCAAUGCAAUUCUUCAUCAAGCACGUUCUAUACUUAAAACAUUACCAAAUGUUAAUCGUAUCGAUUUAUCUAAUCUAUAUCAUAUAUUUAUUGUUGGCGAUCUGCAUGGACAGUUAUCUGAUUUAUUAUAUAUAUUUCAUACGAAUGGACUACCGGCACUUGAUAAUCCAUAUAUAUUCAAUGGAGACUUUGUUGAUCGAGGUCCGAAUUCAGUUGAAGUUAUUCUUUUACUUUUGGUUGCUUUGAUUCUUUAUCCAAGUUCAGUUUUUCUUAAUCGAGGUAAUCAUGAAGAUAUUGUAGUUACAGCUCGAUAUGGUUUUCAAGAAGAAAUUAAUCGCAAAUAUCCAAAAUGUAAAACACCAUUACUUGAUCUAUUUAAAGAUACGUUUAGUUGGCUACCAAUCUAUGCAAAUCUUGAUACAGGAAAAUCUCAUGUUAUGAUAGUACAUGGAGGAAUAUCUAAUCGAAUUAAUUUAAAACAAAUAAAUUCUCUUACACGAAAUCGAUAUAUUUCACUUAUUAUACCGCCCAAAUCGAAAAAUGGUGGUGAACGAUUGACUAAAAAUGAAGAAGACGAAUAUCUUCAAAUGGCAGAUUUAUUGUGGAGUGAUCCGGAUCCUGAGGGUCGUCCAGGAUGCCGAAAGAAUGAUGAUAGAAAUACGGCUUGUUUUUUUGGUCCGGAUAUAACAAAACAAUUUCUUAGUAAAAAUCACUUUUCAAUGAUUAUACGUUCACAUCAAGUCAAAGAAAAGGGUUAUGAAUUUGAGCAUGGCAAUAAAGUUUUAACUGUUUUCAGUGCAUCGAAUUAUAGUGAUGAAUCCAAUUCGAGUGCUAUUGUACGAUGGGAUUAUGAGUCAGCCGAGCCAUGUAUUAUUUCAUUCACAUUACAAGAUGUUAGUCCAACUGAAAAAUUAAGUUUUAAUAAACAAGUAGCGCCAUUUGAAGAUCCAGUUUAUCAAUCAUUAAUGAAGAAAAUUGUGGCAAAGAAAAGCUUACUAAAAAAUGAAUUCGAAAAAUCAGAUAGAAAUCAAACUAAUCAUUUAUCUGCGACAGUUUGGUCGGAUAUAAUGAAAAAUGUUCUUCAAAUUGAUUUGCCUUGGCUUACUUUACGUUCAAAAUUUGUAAAAGAGGACACACAAGGAAUCCUCUAUAAAACUAUGCUUGAAGAAUAUACUUUAGAUAAUGCGAAAUUUCAAAAGUCUAAUACAGAUAUUAUGGAACAUCUAUAUAUAUGGAAAGAUGUACUAUUGACAUUAUUUAAUUUAAUUGAUCUUGACCAUUCAGGUUUUAUAAGUCGUGAGGAAUUUUCUGAUGUUAUUAAACUUUUACUCUAUGAUGAACAUGGUGUUGGCGAUGUAAACCAAGCAUAUAUUGAAGAACUCACUUCGGCAAUGGAUUUGGAUAAAAAUGGAAAAAUUGAUGUCAAUGAAUUUCUUGAGAGUUUUCGUAUUGUUAAUGUGAAGAAACCAGAAAAUUUACACGCUAAACCAAAAAACCCAGCUGUUACACAAAUACGACGCAUGAAAAAGUAACUCUACGCACAAAUGAGCCUGCGUCUAAUUCAUUAAACGCGCAUAAAUCUAUAUCCCUAUCUUUUUUUCGUAGUACUAACUUUUUCUACUUGUUUACAUAUAAAGAAAAUCAUUUAUUGCCUUCAUACUUUCAUUUGAACAAACACUCGAGGGUGUGGGCGCAUCCACAUCCUCAAGGAAGGAAAAAGAAGAAGAAAUCACACAACGUUAACGGGUCUCUUAAAUACUAAAGCAUCUAACACGAUGAUUAUUUUCAUCGAAACCAUAAAAGUUGCUAUGGCGAUCGAAGGAUAACUCGUGAGUGUGGGUGUGCCAGUUCGAAAGACAUUACCGUUACACACACACGCCAAGCUUUGUAGCACUAUUGGUGACACAUUGUUGCCUAUCAAUCAAAAAACGAUUUACUGCAGACAUUCACGACCAUCAACCUAAAGUAUUUUUUAUUACAUAUAAAUAAAACAGAGAUACAAUUACGUUGGGGACAUCCCUGUCUUCUAACUGGUCUCCUCAAAUUUAGUAAUUUUAGUUUAUUUUAUUGGAUCAUUUCAUUUUUGCUCGAAGAUAGAAAUAGUUUCGAUGAGUACUAGUUGUGUCAAAGUUUGAUGAUAAGAAUAUCACGUUUAUGAUUUAGCCACUACUGGCAUAGCUUCCCGUCGCCCUCGUGGGUCGAGCAUUUUAACUUUGUUCCAUAGUUCAGGUAAAGAACCAAUACAUACUAUGGGUAAUAGAAGAGUAUUGGUAACGCAUCAUGGCUCCAGUAAGGAUUUCCGAAUAGGCGAACUAGAUAUAUAACCGAAAAUGGGAAAUCAAAGAAUAAAUAUAGAAACGAUAUAGAGACAAUAUGUAUUGUUAGUUUCCGGUGCUUUUGCCACCCAAGUAAGCAAAAAAUGAAGGAAGACUGCCGACGUGACUAGUCAGAAAUGUCCGCAGCUGCCGUCUAGUCUAGUCUGAAACGUCUUGCAUACUCGUCUAGUCUAGUCAGCUUAAUGAGGAGUGUCUUGUAAAUACGUCUGUACUAGUCUGAAAUGUCCUUGAGCCCAGUCAUGUCUAGUCCGUGUUGUCUGUUGACCUAGUCCAGACUAGUAAGAAGAUUAAAAACAGAGG